CUGAGUCAUCAUGUCUGCUCUGACGCCUCAAAGCGAUAUGCCAACUCCCACCACAGACAAGAUCACACAGGCUGCCAUGGAGACCAUCUAUCUUUGCAAAUUCCGAGUGUCCAUGGAUGGAGAAUGGCUCUGUUUGCGAGAGCUGGAUGACAUUUCUCUUACACCCGACCCUGAACCUACCCAUGAAGACUCUUGGGAGGAUUUGACAGAUUUGGUGGAGCAAUUGCGCGAUGAUACAGAAGAUCCCAACUAUCUCAUGGCUAAUGAACGCAUGAAUCUGAUGAAUAUGGCUAAAUUGAGUAUAAAGGGCUUGAUUGAAUCUGCUCUCAAUCUUGGAAGGACAUUGGACUCUGACUAUGCACCUCUUCAGCAGUUCUUUGUAGUGAUGGAACAUUGCCUCAAACACGGCUUAAAAGCCAAGAAGACUUUUCUGGGUCAGAACAAGUCAUUUUGGGGACCUCUGGAGUUGGUAGAGAAGUUUGUUCCUGAAGCUGGAGAAAUCACAGCAAGUGUUAAAGAUCUGCCAGGGCUGAAGACGCCUGUGGGUAGAGGACGGGCCUGGCUUCGCCUAGCGCUAAUGCAGAAGAAGCUUUCUGAAUACAUGAAAGCCUUGAUAAAUAGAAGGGAAAUUCUUAGUGAGUUUUAUGAACCUAAUGCCCUCAUGAUGGAAGAAGAAGGUGCUAUAAUUGCUGGCCUUUUAGUCGGCCUCAAUGUAAUUGAUGCAAAUUUCUGCAUGAAGGGUGAAGACUUGGACUCUCAGGUUGGAGUUAUUGAUUUUUCAAUGUAUUUAAAGGAUGGCAACAGCAGCAAGGGAAGUGAGGGAGAUGGUCAAAUUACUGCAAUUCUGGACCAGAAAAAUUAUGUAGAAGAGCUCAACAGACAUUUAAGUGCCACAGUCAACAAUCUGCAAGCAAAGGUUGAUGCUUUAGAAAAAUCCAACACUAAACUUACUGAGGAGCUUGCUGUUGCAAACAACAGGAUAAUAACCCUGCAAGAAGAGAUGGAGCGAGUCAAAGAAGAAAGUUCAUAUAUUUUGGAAUCCAACCGAAAGGUAACUAAGCAAGACAGGACUGCAGAUGGGCAUGCCCUUAAUGAAGCACGGAAACAGCUGAAGGAGGAAACUCAGCUACGGCUGGAUGUGGAAAAAGAACUUGAGGUGCAGAUUGGAAUGAGACAAGAGAUGGAACUGGCUAUGAAGAUGUUAGAAAAAGAUGUUUGUGAGAAGCAAGAUGCACUGGUGGCACUCAGGCAGCAACUUGAUGAUCUCAGGGCCCUAAAACUUGAACUUUCCUUCAAGCUGCAGAGUUCAGAUUUGGGAGUGAAACAAAAGAGUGAACUAAAUAGCCGCUUGGAGGAGAAGACAAAUCAGAUGGCUGCAACCAUUAAACUGCUUGAACAAAGUGAAAAGGAUUUGGUGAAACAGGCAAAAACCUUAAAUAGUGCAGCAAAUAAACUGAUUCAGAAGCCCCACUAGGCUUCUUCUUCUUCUUCUUCUUCUUUUUUUGCAGCUGGUCGCCUCACAACUCUUGACAUCUCAAUUCAGUUAUGAGGAAAAAGCAAAAUGAGAUUGAGAAUUUAGAUGUCAGACUUAAAUGUUGUCACUUAAAGUUGACUUGGAAUUUGGUGGAUUUUUAAAUUAAAAAAAAAACCUUUGUUUUUGUUUGGAAGUAGAAAAAUUAGCCCAUAAUCAUUCUUACCCCAGUUAUUUGUUGCUUGAACUUUACUAAACUGCAGGCAAUUUGACCAGUAACUGCUCCAGAAAAUUAUAAGUAAAAUCAGGUUUGUGGAUCUGUAUGUACAAUUGAUACAAAGUGUACACAGUACAAGCUUUUUACCCUUGACAGGAUAUUGGGAAAGUGUGACACUUCCCACACACCCCAAAAAUGCUCAAAUUCAUGGGAAGCUGAGGUGGUUCUUUCUGUUACUUUGUUAUGGAGCAGACGAAGAAAAUACAUACAUGUAAGAUGAGAGCAGCUGGGUGCCUGCUGCAAGCGAUGACCCUUUGGCCUUUUUGUCCCUUUUGAUCUCAAGACCAGGACAAGCUCGCAUUGCAAGAACUUGCCAUUAUAAGGGUCUAGUCCUUGUUUACCAAAGGCUUGUCUGCACUGGACGUUUUCCCACCUGUGCAUUUGUUACAAAUUUAUGUAAGUGGCAGGUGUGCCUGACAUGCAGGGUAUGCAUGGCACACAACCCGAGGGACGCACCAGUUCCCAGAUUCUGUGCUUAAAACCACUCCAGUUGAAGUGGGGUCAAAUUAUACUCUUUUACUUUAUAGCAGAACAAAAUGCGCUUCUGCCUAGACUUGCUCUUGUUGUUUUCACCCUCUUCCAAUUGUAUUUAGGUACAAUUGUCUUGUUCCAUGUCUCUUCCAAUAAUUUUUUUUCAAGACCACCUUCCCAUUCAUCUGGUGGGCACCAUUAUUUUGAUAUAACCCACUGUACAUGGGCAUAAGGAAAUAUGCAGAGGAAGGCAGUAAUAACACAAAGCAAAUAAAGCAAAUCAAAAUUAUACCAAGCUGUAACUAGAAUAUUUUGCAGUGCAGGGACACACUAAGACAGGUGAGGCAAGGCCAACUCUUUUGUAUUAGAGAAAAAUGUUUCAUUUGCCCCCUUUAAAUGACGUGGAUGCAAAACCUAGUUUCUAGCUAUCUUUUAAAAUGGAGAGCCCUUUUUGUUUCUGCAUUGCCUUCUACCUCUGCCUUUAUUUUCCUAAAAAAUAAACAGUGGUUCUCUUUUCCUGAAGGACUCUCAUAAUAGCUGUGUGUUACCUCCUCUUCCUCUUUUAGGAAAGAUGGAAUAAGGUAUUUCACAAAACAGUUCAUUAUGGUUCUUACCUUGUUUAAGAGGACUGAAUGGAACCGGUAGUGAUUUACUGCUAGUUGGUCAUUGACUCAGAGUAGUUACAGCAUAUAAUCACUUGAUUGUUGUUGUUUUAAGUUGCCUUUUGCUCUUGUUAACUUUUGAUUCCAAGUAUUUGGUUCAAACAAGGGACUUUGCUGAAAGAUGCAACUCAAAACUUAGAAAGCAUAGGAAACCACCUUUCUGGAACUCAAAAUAACAUUGGUUUUUUGGUUUUUAUUUUUAUUUAGGAUGAAAUUAGGGGUUGCUUACUUGAGACGGUAAGAGUUUGCUGUGCUGGUCCCUAAACAGCCUUUAGUGUGUAGAGAGUCAUCAUCAAUACUCGUCAAGCUAUCCAGAUUAGUUUUUUAGUUUAGUUGUCCUUUUUAAUUUCCCUCAUGUGAAUCUCCUGUUUUGUGUUGAAGCAAAACAGGGAGUAGGAAAGAAUUGACUUAAAAAAAUAGAAAAAAAACAUUGACUGAUUUUAAAAUCUAGGGGGCUGAAUCAUACUCUUGUAUAACUUGUAAAGCUGCCUUUGACAGAGCAGCAGAUUUUUUUUUUAAGUAAGAACUCUGAAGAAUUGCACUUUGGUGUGGCAUGUUUGUAAAUGUACCCAGUUAAUUUGGAGCAGUGUCUAUUUAGGCACCAAUUUAAAUUCCAUCCUGAGGUAAAAAUGUUCCAUUAAAAUAUCCAGAUGGGUGGCUAGGAUUAUUAUUUAUUUUUAUUUAUUUAUUCAUUAAAUUUAUUAGUCGCCCAUCUGGCUGGCUGUCCAGCCACUCUGGGCGACUUACAAAAUAAAAACAUACAAAUACAUUAAAACAUCAAAAAUCUCAACAAUAAUAAUAAAACCUAACCCACCCCAAAAGCCUGCCUGAAGAGCCAGGUCUUCAAGGCCCGUGGAAGCUCAUCAUAGAAGGGGCAUGGUGGAGAUCAUUUGGGAGGGAAUUCCACAAAGUGGGGGCCACAGUUGAAAAAGCCCUCUCCCUAGUUCUCACCAGUCUAGCUGUUUUAACUGGUGGGAUAGAGAGAAGGCCUUUUGAGGCUGAUCUUGUUGAGCGGCAUCCAUGAUGAUGUUGGAGGCGCUCCUUCAGAUAGACUGGGCCAAAACUGUAUAGGGUUUUAAAGGUCAGAACCAACACCUUGAAUUGGGCCCGGAAAACAACCGGUAACCAGUGCAACUCCUUUAGCACUGGAGUGAUGUGGUCUCGCCGGCGGCUACCCUUAAUCAGGCGAGCUGCUGCAUUCUGUACCAGUUGCAGCUUCCGGACCAUUUUCAAGGGUAACCCCACGUAGAGCGCAUUAUAGUAGUCUAAGUGAGAGGAGACCAGGGCAUGUACCACAGAUGGGAGCAAAUGGUUGGGAAGGUAGGGGCGCAGCCUUCGUAUCAGAUGGAGUUGAUACAGCGUCGCCCGGCUCACAGCUGAGUUCUGAGCCUCCAUGGACAGCUGGGAGACAAGAAUGACCCCGAGGCUAUGGACCUGGUCUUUCAGGGGCAAUUGUACCCCAUUGAACACCAGUUCUAAAUCCCCUAACCUUCCCUUGUCUCCCACGAACAGUACCUCGGUUUUGUCAGGGUUCAGCUUCAGCUUAUUCCUUCCCAACGCUGCCUCCUCUUGGAGUUAGAAUUUGAGCUUUCACAUAACUAAAAGCCACUUGGCUGGCUCAAUAUAGGCUACACUGUGAUGAUCAUGUUUAGAUGGGAGGAUUUGAGAUCACUGUCAAAACUAUGGGGAGUAAUUUUCCCUCCAAAUUGGCUGUUUCAGAAUUCUAGCCCACAAUUCCCUCUGUUUAAAAUGCCCUUUGAAACCAUGCCUCAGAGUCAGAGCAAAGCCCUGAGAUAUAAAGUUUCCACUAGUGGGCUUUAGGAUCCCCUAGUUUGAGGAUGAUCCCUUAGAAUCAUCUCAGCCUUCAGAACUUGGUUCUGGUUAGGGAAGAGGAAAUGCAAUUUUGCUAAUGGGCCUUUAUUGGGGUCUUUGACAACCAGCCCUCUCUGUUCCUCUCUCCUCUACACCUUUGGCUUGAAUUGCUGUGCUCCUGUCAGCUGCACACCAGGAACGGGCCAGAAUGGCCAGAAGGGUACACAAUACAGUUCUUCAUAUUUUCCAUAUGUUGAGAGGUUUUGACAUUGGAAUGCUUUCAAAGAAGUGAUGCCUGAUGUGCAUUCUGAGGUGGUAUGUAGAGGACUGUGCCAUCUGCCUGAUUACAUGAGAACAGCUUGGUGGAUCAGUCCAGUGGCCCAUCUAGUCCAGCAUCCUGUUCACACAGUGGCCGACCAGAUGCCUAUGGGAAGCCCACAAGCAGGACCUGAGUGCAAGAGCACUCUUCCCUCCUGUGGUUUCCAGCAACUGGUAUUCAGACGCACGCUGUUUGAGUCUGCUUCAAGAUGGUGUUUCAGGGGUGGACUAGCCUGUGUGAUAUUUCAGAUUUUUGCUGAGUGAUUGCCCCUAUUUUCCCUCCCUACAGUUAGGCUAUUGUGCUAUUUACCACCUAGGUGGUGAAUACAUGUAGUCUGAAAUCAGCCUCUCUGUUGUGAAAGUGCAUUCUUCCCCCAUUGCAGUGAUGCCUCAAGUAGGCUGAGAGGCCUAAAUACUUGUCCACGACUUUGUAUCUGAUCUGGAGCCCUGUGUGUUUAAUCUGAUGUAACAGUUGUGGAAGAGACCAGACAAAUGCACUAAUUUCUUAAUAUAGUAGGUAUCCCAUGACGCAAGUUCCAAUUACUUGUAUAAAGCUGCAAUGUAACGUAAAUUUUAAAAGAUGACUUACAGAUACUGUGUACUUGAGAUUUGCUUUGACUAUGGAUAAAAGUGAUGUUUUAUGUUUAUCAUCUAAUGACUGUAAACUGUAGUAAUAGAAUAAAAAAUUGAAAAUAGAAGUUUCUUCUGCCUGGUUCACCUACAUUUUGACUUUUCUUUAGACUGUUUUGGUCCCCUCUCACUUCCCAUACAUUCCCUCUCAUCUUUCAUUGGGCUUGGUUUUCUUUUAAUUUAUUGUUUAAACUCAGUCUUCCUCCCCACCAUGGCUUU